UCGCCAGCGCCGUCGUCGUCAUCAUCGAUAGGAACUUUUGCGCCAGGUGAUUCAAGUGCUCCGGUAUAUUGGUGGAUCCGUUUGUUUCUCGCCUUUUUGGACGAUUUGGUUGGCCGGGGAGAAGUUAUUUUAUCGCGUUAUUCGCGUUUUUGUCUGGAUCACACGCGACUACGAUCACGAUCGGUGUUUCGAGUAUUUUCCGCUUUUCGGUGCUAAUUGGUCCAUUACGCGACGGAUGUGAACUUUUUUGUUUUUCGUUUUCUAUCGUAAUUAAGUUUGUGGGUGUGCGAUUGCUGCAGACACCGAAUCAGUGGGGGAAAUUGUGUUGUAUGGUUAACGGGCUGGAGAUUCCAGCAGGUCCUGUAGUGUUGAUAAUAAGCAUGAUUAAACAAAUCAGUGUUCAUUUCCGUUAGUGAAGUUCAGAGUAGAGUGGAAGUACGAAAUAAUUAAUUGAUGGAUUAAGACAAGGCGGCAGGGCUUACUAGGAAAUAAAUAACAAAUCAACAAACGCAACAAGUGGAUUAAAUUGGAUUAAAAAUCUCACCAUCUUCAAAGCAUUGUCAGUGGCUGCCAAAAUCGAAACCUUCGAAAGUAGGUGCAACCGAAAACCCGAAAGUUGGCAUUGUUGGUAACAAAUCUCGUUCGGUGGAGCUUUGCAAGCAGACUUCAAACAACCGAGUCGUUAUUAUUUUGUGGUUCGCGAAGAAAUAUCAUUCGACAACCCGGGGCGGAAAACUUGUGACGUGAUCUGAGCUAGCUGGAUAUAAAUAGAGUGUAAAAAGGUGGUAACAAAUUGCGGAUGCAGGCUCGUCGUCUAGAGUAUGAUCAAUAAAGCGGAAAGGAUGCCAAACCCUCAUUACAGCUAGCGCACCUGGCCCCUCAGGCAUGCAAAAUCAACUUCCCUAAGCAGUGGACUGCCUGAAUACCGAACCACAAUGCUAACCAUCGUCGGCAGGUGCGGAGCAGUACGUGUGAGGGCAGCAGCAACCAUCGUCGGUAAAAACUGUGACCAAUGUUUGCAAUUUUCCAUACUGGCUUCGGCACGGUUACAGUUCUGACUGAACGGCAAGCUUUCCACCUCUUCCCACCUGCCCGCUUUGACACGUUCAACCAAUUUUCUUCGCUAAAAUGUUCGACGAUAUCAAAAUGUGCCUGAUGGACCUGAUCAAGGUCAGCAGUCCAAAGUCGAAAAAAUCUCUCCAAGACAUGACGGCCGGAUAUUCGGUAGAUUUUAUGAAAAAGUACAACGACAUAAACAUAAUCCACUUCAACGAGAACAUGUCGAUGGUUAACAAGCUGGAAAAUGUUCGUUUUUCACCCUCGAACUACACGAACCUGUUCAAAACUAACCCACUGCUGGAGGGAAAAAGGGGUAAAUCGUUCCGCGAAUGGGGCGUCGAGAGUGCUAGUUUUGAUUUUUCGUCGGACGAUCGUGACACCCUGACGAUGACAAGCUACUCGCACUGCUCGGGUGAUGAGGCAAAAUGUCGCCUGUUGCCAAAGACGAUCGAACCGCGCAGACCGCCGCCGCUGGCCGCAACCAACAUCGGCAACAUUGACGAGGAUGAUGAUGAUGACGAUGGCAUCAUAAUAAACCAUUACAGCCUCGAGGAGUGCCUGGCGGGCGGUUUGGCAUCGCAGCUGGAUUCGUUUUGUACACUGUGUACCUCUUCGUUCAGCUUCAGCAACUGCAAUAACUGCGAGAAGUCGGCAUGUGGCUCCAAGUGCAGCGGCGAUAGCAACACCACGAUCGAUGAAGCCGAGCUUUCCUGUGUGUGUCUGCAGAAGCACGGGUAA